GUUUUCUGUUGUGUUGGUGUUGUCAGUGGAUGUGUGCUUGUUGAAAAUCCCAUUCACGAAACUUCAGAACACUUUCUCACGUCAGAUAGUUCAGAAUUGUCGAAUUCAACUCAUCCUGGUAAUUACCAAAUUAUAAAACAGUUUUAUUAUUUAUCAAGUUUCUUUCACUAGAUAAUACAUUAUGGCUGAACGAGUAGAAGACUUGAAUCUGCCCAACGCGGUUGUGUCUCGUCUUAUUAAAGAUUCUCUACCAGACGGAGUGAAUGUCAGUAAAGAAGCUAGGCUAGCUCUCGCAAAAGCUGCUUCAAUAUUUGUGCUGUUUCUGACUUCAGCUUCAAACAACGUUGCCACUAAAAACAACAGGAAAACCAUUAGUGCCCAAGAUGUUAUGUUAGCUCUUAAUGACACCGACUUUGAAGCGUUUAUGGAACCCUUACAGGAAUGCCUAGAAAACUUCAAAAAGGCCCAAAAAGAGAAAAAGGAUGCCAAUGCUGAAAAGCGUAAAUCAAAAUCUAAAGAAGAUGAGGAGAAAAGACAAUCAACCACUGUUCCUGAUGGAGACAGUGAUAGCGCUAGUGCUGUUAUUGUCAGUGAUGAUGAAUAAAACCAUUGUAUAGGAACAGAACUCUUAAAGAACUGAAGCCAUCUGUGAAUAAUACCAUGUGCAUCUCAUUUUUUAAUUUAAGAUAUUUAUCAGGUAGUGUCUUAUAGAUAGUGUACAUCUCAUUUUCUCAUGCUGUGUGGUGAAAAUAAAUCAAAUUUGUGAUUUCA